AUUCACCCUGCAUCAUUCGAAACGACGAUGAGCCAAAGUGCUGUCGCUGUGUCUGCACCUGGCAAGGUCUUGCUAGCUGGUGGUUAUCUCGUGCUCGACAGGAAGUACAACGGACUCGUGUUUGGCCUGGAUGCUCGUAUCCACGUCUGUGUAAAGCCCUUCGCAUCAAGUUCAGGUGUCACCUUUUCUGAGAUCACGGUCAAUUCACCUCAAUUCCAGAACGCCGUCUGGGAGUAUGGGUAUCGCUUGGCCGACCAAGACGGGGGUGUCAAAGUGACUCAGUUGAGAGUGAACGCUGACUUGAAGCUCAACCGCAAUCCGUUCGUCGAGACAGCUCUUGCUUAUGCCCUGAGCUACAUCUCCACUGUCGGGCCGUCUCAUGUCUCCCCUUCAUCGAUCACCAUCCUGGCAGACAACGACUACUACUCGACUUCUUCCGCUGACUUGACAGGUGCGAGAUUCCACGACUUCGGCGUCCCUCUUUCGGAAGCAAACAAGACUGGCUUGGGAUCUUCAGCUGCUCUGGUGACUGCAUUCACUGCUGCAGUUCUCAGCUACUACCUACCUCGAGAUGUCUUUGACUUGACUAUUGAAGCUGGCAAGCGCAAGCUACACAACUUGGCACAAGCAGCUCACUGUGCUGCUCAAGGCAAAGUUGGCUCUGGAUUCGACGUGGCUUCUGCAGUGUAUGGCAGUUGCUUGUACCGAAGAUUUUCGCCAUCGAUUCUAUCAGCACAUGGAGAACCCGGUGUACCAGAGUUUGGCAAACAAUUGGUAGACAUUGUCAACGAGAGCGGUGCGAACGGUCAGUGGGAUACUGAGAUUGUCAAGGAUCAAGUCAAGGUACCGCCGGGCAUCAGGUUGAUCAUGUGCGAUGUCAGCUGCGGUAGUCAGACACCUGGCAUGGUUAAGCAAGUCCUCGCGUGGAGAAAAGACACGGGAACAGAGGCAGAGAAGGUGUGGGAAGGACUACAAAGCGUCAACGAGGGCUUGGCUCAAGAGUUGGUCAAAUUGGCCGAGAGUGGAUCCAAAGACUACUCAGGCCUCAAGCAACGCAUUCAGGCCAUCAGACAAGGCAUCCGCGAGAUGAGCAAGCAGAGUGGGGUGCCUAUCGAGCCUCCGGCGCAGACGAAGCUAUUGGAUGCAUGCAGCAACGUCGAGGGGGUAAUUGGUGGAGUGGUGCCCGGAGCAGGAGGGUAUGAUGCAGUUGCCCUGUUGAUUGAGGAUAGGGACGAGGUGGUUCAGAAGCUGCAAGAACUACUUUCUGGCUGGAAGAUCGAAGGCGAGACAGAGGGCAGCAUGGGCAAGGUGAGCAUGCUGGGAGUCAAGCAGGAGAUGUCUGGUGUUCGAGUGGAGCAAGCCGGCCACUAUGCGGAGUGGUCGGAGUAG